AUGGCACUUAUCUCUGAUGAAUUCUAUGAGGCAGCAAAAACAAGUUGUAAUGAAACCUAUGUUAAUGUGGAUCCAUCAAAUACAGAGUGCUGGACUGCUCUUGGGGCAAUCAAAAGGUGCGUUAAAGAUCUAUACGGCGAUGACAUUUUGGAACCAAAGUUUGUCUUCGCAUCCCCUAAAGAGAACCCAGAUCUUGGUCGUCGAUCUGUACAAGAGGAUCCGACAGAGUUUAUUCUUUCGCCACCAAGAAUCCUGAAUAUUGGCGCUGGGACGGUAAUGGAGCGGAAGAGGUCCAACAAAAGCUUAGCAUACACAAAAGACGUUCAGAGCGUUGUUGAAGUUCAUAAAAACCUCAGCACACUGGGUUUAGAGGUCUUGGGGGAGUGCGGUGAUUGUGACAUGGUUGUUCCAUUUGUGGGUAUGAUUGAAUGGAUAAAACGUCUCAAUUUGACGACUGUAAAUGACUGGCAACCGUGGUUUGUGGAUGGUCAAGUUGCAGGGGCGCUGGACACCCAGCUCUAG